CGGUCCCGCUCUGCCCCGCCGGAAGUUCCCGAGUACCGGAAAUUCCUCCCAACGGAAGUUCCGCCAAAGCAACUUCCGGUCCGGGCGCGGAGCGGCCGCGGCUUCACCGGGCAGCGCGGCCAUGGCGAACCACCUGCGCUUCGUGGGCCGCACGGUGAUGGUGCAGAACGGAAACGUGGAGGCGGCGUACGGCGUCCUGAACAGGAUCCUGGCCCAGGAUGGCGUGGCCGAUGCCGUGCGGCGCUCCCGGUACUACGAGAAGCCGAGCCGGGCGCGGCGGCGGCGCGCGUUCGAGGCGUGCCGGCGGGUGUACUGCGCCGAGAUGGCGCGCAGGAUCGCCUUCCUGGCGCGGAGCAGCCGGCAGGACCCGUGGCUGGGCUGCUAAGGCGCGGCCAGCCCCAAUAAAACCCUCUCGCUCUGCUCCCCGUUAA